UUUUUCGAAGUGGAUGAGGAUCCGCGAGGCGGCGAUGCAGCAGCGGCUGAUCGCGGCGUGUGGGGGCGACAAUGUGAAGCUCUUUGAUGCCGCUGCCGCGAGCGAGGGCCGGGCGGAUCCUUGCGUCUCGCAGUUCCUCCCGGCGCCCGGCGUCCAGGUUAACGCUCUGCGAUGGAAUCACACCAAUCACGUCCUGGCGAGCUCCGGGGAGGAUCGCAGGAUUUCGCUGUGGCUCAAGGGAGGCAAGCUUCUAGGAUCUGUGCCGCAGCUAGAGUCCGAUCCAGCCGAUGUUCUAGACGAGUCUAUACUGGCCAUAAACUUCAGCUCAAAGUCAUCGAGAUAUCUUUGCUCUGGUGGAACUGGGAAAGUCGUGCGAAUCUGGGACAUGCAAAGGAAGAAGUGUAUAAAAUCGCUCAAGGGGCACACUGACACGAUCACUGGCGUCAUGUAUAACUGCAAAGACGAGCACCUUGCGUCCAUCAGUACCAGGGGUGAUCUCAUCAUCUACAGCCUUGCUUCCGGGUCUCGAAUCACCGAAGUGAAGGAUCCCUUCAAUCAGGUUUUGAGACUCUUGGAGUAUUCUCGAUCGAGCCGAAAUCUUCUGGUUACUGCUGGGGACGAUGGGUCAUUGCAUCUUUGGGACACUACUGGACGCAGUCCAAAGGCCUCAUGGAUUCGACAACAUCUGGCACCUGCAAGCGGUGUCGGUUUCUCAUUUUCAAAUGAAAAGGUCAUAGUAAGCGUGGGCUUUGAUAAAAGAUUGCAUACUUACGACACCAGCGUAAAGAAGGCUGUCCACUCUCUUUCUUGCGAUGCGCCAUUCUCUUCUUUAGCAUUGAAAGACGAUGGUUGGACUGUCGCAGCCGGUACUACAAAUGGGAGAAUUAUGUUCUAUGACAUCCGUACCAAAGUCCAACCCAUGGCUGUUCUUCGAGCUUUUAAUCCAUCUGAGGCUGUUGCAAGUGUAUGCUGGCAACGGACAAACCCGGUUCCAAUAAGCACCUCAAGCUGGUCGCCUGACGUGGCUUUGCUCGGUGCCAAUGGAGAGGAGACUCCGGCCAUAAUGCCUGAUCCACUUCCCGCUUCCGGAAGAAAUAGACCUUCUUUUGGACGGCCUGAAUCGCUGACUGUGGCAAAUCCAAGGAAUGCAGCAGCGGCAGAAGAAUCAUCAAACCAGAGCGUGUGGUCCAAUAGUGGUUCUUUCAUCCUUCACUCGUCGAAGGCUACCCCGAGCGGUGUUGACGACAUGGAGGUUUUUUCUCCUCUCGUGGACGUGCAACCGAUAGUUCAACCUCUCUCUUCGUUCAUUGACGGACUCGGCGAAACAAAGAAGCCAUCUCCUCCCUCGGCAAUAGCAAACUCAGACGAAUUCCAGCAAACCUCGCAUCAAGACGAACAUCCUACCACGUCUCCGCGUGUUGAGGCUAGCAAUGCAGCAGAACUGUCUCCAAACGAUCAUCAAACUCGACUCACCAAAGCUAGAGAGCAUCUGGCGGCUGUUAAAGGCUUGGCUCUAGAACUUCCUCCAAGGCUCUCGGCGUCGUCACCAAACUCGCCUCCCUCAAGAGUUUCACCUCCACAGCCGUCCUCGUCUUCGUUCGCGCUCCAGCUUGUGCAACGUGCUCUCGAGGAAAGCCUUGGCUCCGUCCAGCGAGCCAUACACGAGGACGUGCAAAACCUUCACCUAGAGCUCAUACGCCAGUUUCACAUCCAACAGACGGAGACGGCGUCCUGUGUGGAAAAGCUAGUCGCGAAGCAAGCUGAAAUGAUGGAGGAACUUCAAGCGCUUCGAAAGGAGAACCAGCAACUCCGGCAUUUGAUUUGAUCUGGAAUGGACUGAUUGGAAAUCUCCCAAAAGAUAGCCGGCAUUUAAUCCCAUCUAAAGCUAAAGAUCCCAGGCAAGAACUUAGUUUCCAUUCUUCAAUAGAAUGAGAUCGCUAUUAGUCACAUGAAGCUCGUUUUUGAGGGGUACUUGCAGAGCAUGAAGCGAUUCUUUGA